UGACGCUACAUAUGUAGUCGUCGGCGCGAAAACUGACCAAUGCGAGAAUCCAGUAUUUAAUUUACAAUCCACCCAACAUGCCGUAAUUGUGAAUGAAGGACCUCCACUUCGUGUCUGUUCUGGACCACUUGAAACACACCCUGUGCACUGCGACUUGUCUUACUUAAGAAAGAUUUUUUUUCAAAACUCCAGAGUUACGGGAUAGGGAGUUCGGUCUACUACCUCUACCAUUGCAAUCAUCCACCACGAACUCUACAAACGUCGCCCAAAUCGCCUCGAUUCAAAUGAGCUGUCUGUAUAUAGAUACCGUACAUCAUUUCUUGCCUUGAAAACUGUAUAUACGAUGACCAUGACUUCCCCGAGCGAGGGUAACGACGUUCAGUCUCGGCAAGGUCCAAAUCAGGAAAAUUCUUCGAGUGUAGCUUCUGAGCCACUACGGGGAUGGCGCUUGGUCGUCAUACUUUGCAGCUUUGCCUUUGGGCUGCUCCUGGCAGUUAUCGAGACCUCGAUCACCGCUACUGCUCUUGUUUCAAUUGGCAACUAUUUUGGUGACCCCAUCAAGGUGACAUGGGUAGUUCUGGCUUACUUGCUCUCGUAUAUGGGGUUUGCCAUGAUUUUCACUCGGAUGAGUGACGGUAUAGGCCGCUUAGAAGCGACAAUUAUCGCAUGGAUUUUCUUCGGGGCCUUUUCUCUUGGAAGCGGUCUGGCCAAAACGCUGAACCAACUCAUCGGUUUCCGCCUACUUCAAGGUAUAGGUGGUUCAGGCUUGUAUUCCAUGGUUAUGGUUGUCGGAACAGAAAUCACACCCAUAAAACAUUAUGGCUCCUUUAGUGCGAUGAUAGGAAUGACAGUUGCAGUGGGAUCAAUAUUGGGUCCAAUCUUGGGAGGUGUGAUCACAACUGAGUCCACCUGGCGGUGGAUAUACCUCUUUAACGCCCCAUGUACCGCGUUCGGGAUAUUCAGCCUGCUGGUCUGCUGGCCUCGGCCAAAAUCAAACUCCGAGAUUGCCAAAAACCCGUUGCGGUCUUUUCAUAAAGUUGACUAUCUCGGCGCCAUCCUCCUACUGGCAGCAUCAACGCUAUUAGUUUUCGCGCUUCAAGAAGCUGGCGCCGCGGCCUACGCUUGGAACAGUGCUGCUAUUAUCUCAGCGUUGGCUAUCUCGGCUGUCUGUUGGUGUGCAUUUUUUGGGUGGAUCUCGUGGCUCUCUUUUGGCGAAGGACCACGUGGAAUGCGGGCGAUCUUCCCUCUCACCAUUGCAUUGACUCGGCCAACAGGUCCUGCUAUCGUGGCAAUCUUCCUGACAGGAUUCCCGUAUCUCAUUUCUAUCAUCAAUCUGCCGCAAAGAUUCCAAAUUGUCAACGGAGCUACGCCACUAAUGGCUGGAGUGCAUUUAUUACCUCUUCUAUGCUCAAUGGCUCUUGGAGGCGGCGUUGGUGGUGCGGUCUCUACCAGAAAGAAUCUGACCUCCCAUACUCUGAUCUUCGCAACCUGUCUGAUCCUGCUCGGUUGCGGACUCAUGUCCACGGUAUCCGACACACUCACCUUAAACAAGGCCAUAUACGGUUACCAGUUCAUACUAGGCCUCGGAACGGGCCUAACCUUCUCUUCGGUUACUAUGAUGGCCAAUCUAGCCAACAAACCGGAAAACAUUGCGGCAGCUCAAGGUGCAAUAAGCCAAGCCCGCAUUUUUGGCGGCAGCAUCGGCCUCUCCAUCGCAACCAUCGUCCUAAAUCACAAAAUUAACACCGAACUCGCCGGCAUCCUCACACCAUUCCAGCUUCACAAUUUGGAACAAUCGCUAACGACUAUAGCGGAGCUGAGCCCUAGUGAUCGUGCGGCCGUCACACGAGUAUACGCCGCGUCUUUCGGGACGCAAAUGCGCAUCUGCACUUACCUGUCCGCGGCAGGUGUUAUAGCUGCGACAGGAACCUACCUCAGCGAGCCACCCAAAAUUUCGGCACCCAUGGAGCCUGUUCAUGUCGAUACUGAGAUGGUGCGGUAUUGAUUACAUAUCGUCAGGGUUUCUAAGGUCACCCAUCGAUACCGUAAUGCUGCUUUAAGUUGAUACUCUAUUUAAUGAUGACCGUCCGUUCGUGUGGGAGUGAUCCACGUGGAUGUCAGAGAAAUGACCUUCAUACCUUCCCAAAAAGGCAAUGAGCAUAAUUUAUACUCUC